AUGGCUGAGGAGAAGAGCCUGAUGCUGGAUGGCCAAGCCCCCACAGAGGCUCAGGAUGCAGAGGAUGGUCCAGGAUCCGCAGAGCCAGGAGACCCGCUACGGAGGCCUGAGACCCAGCAGCAACCCAACUCUGGGGCAGGGCGCUGGUGUGCCGGGCAGCGCAGCUGGGCAGUGCUGGGAGCCCUGGGGCUGCUGGCUGGUGCAGGCAUCGGCUCCUGGCUUCUAGUGCUGUAUCUGUGGCCAGCUGCCUCUCAGCCCACUCCUGGAACCCUGCAGGAUGAGAUGACUUUGAACUGCUCCGAGGCCAGCAGUGAGGAAACCCUGCUCCACUCGAUUCCCAGAACAGUAUCUUUCAGAAUAAACACUUCUGAGGACUUCUUGCUGGAAGUACAGCUGAGGGCCCGGCCAGGCUGGCUGCUGGUCUGCUACGAGGGCUGGAGCUCUGCCCUGGGGGCGCGGGUCUGCAGGAGCCUCGGACAUCUCAGACUCACUCACCACAAGGCAGUGAACCUGUCUGACAUCAGGCUCAACAGUUCCAGGGAGUUUGCUCAGCUCUCUCCUAGACUGGAAGGCUUCCCGGAGGAGGUGUGGCAGCCUAGGGACCGCUGUGCUUCUGGUCAAAUCGUCUCCCUCAAGUGCUCCGAGUGUGGGGCCAGGCCCCUGGCUUCCCGGAUCGUGGGCGGGCAGGUGGCGGCUCCCGGGCGCUGGCCCUGGCAGGCCAGUGUGGCCCUGGGCUCCCGACACACGUGCGGGGCCUCUGUGCUGGGCCCGCGCUGGGUGGUGACCGCAGCGCACUGCACGCACAGUUUCAGGCUGUUCCAUCUUAUACGGGUCCACGCGGGGCUGGUCAGCCACAGCACGGUCAGGCCACACCAGGGGGCUGCGCUGGAGCGGAUCAUCGCCCACCCUCUGUACAGCACCCAGAACCAUGACUAUGAUGUGGCCCUCCUGCGGCUCCGCACGCCACUGCACUUCUCAGACACCGUGGGUGCCGUGUGCCUGCCGGCCGAAGAACGGGAUUUUCCGAGGGGCUCAGAGUGCUGGGUGUCUGGCUGGGGCCACACUGACCCCAGCCACACCCACAGCUCCGACGCGCUCCUGGACGCCGCGGUGCCCCUGCUCAGCACCCAGCUCUGCAACAGCUCUUGCGUUAGCGGGGCCCUGACGCCCCGCGUGCUGUGUGCCGGCCACCUCGACGGGAGGGCGGAUGCGUGCCAGGGGGACAGCGGGGGUCCCCUGGUGUGUCUGGACGAGGGCACGUGGCGCCUGGUGGGGGUGGUCAGCUGGGGACACGGCUGCGCAGAACCCAGCCACCCCGGAGUCUACGCCAAGGUUGCGGAGUUCCUGGACUGGAUUCAGGACACCGCGGCGCAGGUCCACUAGAUGCAAGAGAAGCAGCCCUGGACGCAGAAGGCAUGG